AUGAAGCUGCGCGUCGGCCCGCUGGUGGCAACCUGGUACGCAGCCUCCAUCGCGGCCAUCUGGACCGCCAAGAUCGUGCUGCAGGAGCUCGCCUGCCCAGCGACCCUUGCCGCCGUCCAGUUUGCCGUGGCAGCAGCGGGCACACGCUGCCUGCUGCCGUCCUCCUCCCGCGGCCCGCUGAGUGACGUCGAGCUGCGGGCGGUGCGCGGCGUGAGCCUGACAUACACGCUCGGCUUCCUGCUCACCAACGCCGCCAUCGCCGCCGCCGCGCCGAGCUUUGUGGAGACGGUCAAGGCGGCCGAGCCUCUCACCACGGCAGUCGCUCUUGCCGGACUGGUGCUGGGCGAGCGGGAGCGGCCCGCCACCCUCCUCGCCCUCCUCCCGAUCGUCGCCGGCGUCGCGACCGCUUGCUCCGGCGGCGGCGCCUUCAGCGCCACCGGCGGGGCCCUCGCCCUCGCGUCGAACGUCGCCUUCUCUGGCCGCGCCGUGCUAGCCGCGUCGCUCGACCCUCCUCAUGCGUUGGUCAGCUCAGUUGGUCAAUGGAUAGGCCGCGCCGUGCUGACCAAGUCGCUCAAGCGCCGCCAUGCCGGCUCGCCCGCCGCCCGCUCGGACGCAUGCCUCUUUUACCACGUCGCGCGCGGCAGCCCGGCUCCUGCUCCCGAGGCGUCAGCUUCGCCGUCCUCGCACGCGUCAGCAUCGCGACGCGUCGUCGCCUUCGCGCGGACCAAGGCGCGCGACGGCAACAGCAGCAGCGGUGGGGCCAGCGGCAGUGGCAGGACUCGCACAAAGGGUUUGCUUCCGGAUUGCUGCGCUUGCGAGGCGCAAUUUUGCUGGGACUGCGCGCCGCGGGGGCCGAGCGGGCUAGAGGCUCGUGGCGAGCGCCCAACUGUUGCGCUGUUGCACUGGCAGGGUCGAUUCCGCAUGGCUUCAAAGGGUGGGCCCUGGGGCGCCUGCGGCUUAAACGGCUUAAAGCGGGCCCGGGCCCAUUUUAAGGCUGCCUGGGCCGCCGAUUCCUUAAACGGUCUUAAACGCUUAAACGUGCACCAGACUUACAGAUGUGUCUUCAGAGGCGGGUUUGUGCCCAAUAACGGCAGUAUUGGACAAUUGGAGAAAACGGCGCGGAACCCAGCGACGCAUGCCGGCGAGGCCGAGUUUCUUAAACGGAUCGAGGUGCACGCUGCCGAAGCAGUGUCGUCCCCCCUCUCCCCGACGGUGAUGGCGGUGUGA